AUGACCGAGAAAAAGCCCCGAAAGCCAAAUUGGACAAACGAAGAGAUGGAGGUAUUAGCUGAGGCUUACCUAUCAUCGUAUAAAGUAAUAAGAGGGAAACUAACUCCCGUUGUUACUUCUGAAGUGAAGAAGCGAGCUUGGGAAAACAUAACAGAUAAGAUAGUUAUUGAUAUAGUAAAUGCUGUCUCACUUUGCUCGAGGACUGUUGAAGAGACUAGGAAGCGGCUCCAGGAUAUGCAGUCAUGCAUAAAAAAGAAAGAAGCCUACAGAAAGAAGGAGGCAGGCAUGACUGGUGGUGGCCCCCCUACAGAGGUCACUUUUAAACCCUGGGAAUCGACUAUUCUGAGCACCAUAUCUCCGGUUUCAAUAUAUGGCAUAGAAGGUGGAGCCGACACAGGGAAAGAAGAGUGCACUGUUAGUGAAGUCAGUGGUCCAUCUGGGGACUGUUCUGUACCACCUGGGUUAAUAGUUACAGAAACUGUGCAAGUGGACGUUGUUGCUGAUGCUGAGGAUUCUCAACAGAAAUGCUCAACAUCCACUGAAGUUGGAGAUUUUGAUAUGAGACAUAGCAGGAAAAUUGAAAGGAAAACAGAAAAACAGAAGAGACAUAAUGGGCGUGUUAAUGAAAUGGAAGAUCUGUUAGAGUUUAAGAGGAAAAGACUGGAAAUUGAAGAAAGAAAAGUACAUGCUUUGGAGAGAAUUGCUACAGUCCUUGAAAGACAACAGUCUGACCAGAUGAUUCAUCACUCGCCAUCCUUCUCCGUCUCUCCUAUCAUUAAAUUCCAUUAAAGUAUUGACUUAAAAUCUAGUGGGAUUAGCCAACCUACAUGUAUGUCUAUGUCCAUUUUUAGGUCACCUUAACAUUUUUCUAGUUUAUUCUCUGGAAAUACUGAACCAAUUUCAACCAAAUUUGGCAUAUAGCAUUAAUAGGUGAAGGGGGAGGGUGGUUAAAAUUGUGAAAUUGAUGGCCCCUGGCUCUUAUGAUUAUAUAGAAUAGA